AUGAACCAUAGUAAAUUUUCAUUUAUUUUUAAAGGUUCUAGCAUUAUUGAUAAAAUCUUCUCAGAUGAAGACAAAUAUAAAGCUUUAGCGGAACUUGCAGGUCCACUCAUUUUACAUGAUGAAUAUUUGCUUGCACAACGGCUUGGAAAUAUCAAAGUCGCGUUGGCCUUUUGGAUAAGAAGAAUACAAACGUCUUUGACAAACGAUGACCAGGAAGCCUUAUACACGUGUUUAUUAUCAAAACAACAAGACUUACUAAUUAGGAAUCAGGAUUCUAUAUUAUACAAUGAUAAUCUUAACAUAAAUUUACCCCCUGAUUGUACACACAAUCUAGCCAGUGAUAAGGCAGCCACGACGUGUACAUCUGAUUGCUCCAUUGAUACACAAAGUUGUACUACAUCACUUGCUAAGCCGCCUCAGUCACGUGAAAAUAGCAAUUACGCAAUACCAACGAACAAUAAGAAGAGAAAAACUAAGACUAAAGUUUCACAUUUUUCUGCUACGUCUGACGUGAAUAAAGUUCAACAACUGCAUAAGGAUAUUGUACAAAAUGACUUUUGCAGGGAAAACCAGAUUGAAACGGAGACUGAGUCAAUAAAGAAUUUUGAACAUAUCGAUAACAACACUCCAAUGGAGGAUGUUCUUCUCCUUCCAGCCCUCGAUAGUAAUCCGCAACAAUCUGAAAUAUUGGUAGAUUUCUCACCGGAUAGGAACGAUAACACAUCGUUGCCAAUACAACCAUCCACAACAAUGAAUACGAGUCACGAAUCGGAUACUAUAUGGAGAGAAUUAUUGUUGCUCAAUCAAGAUGUCAUAAUUAACGAUGCUGAUGAUUAUAGCGAUAAAAAUAUCACCAACAAUAAUGUAAAAGGAACAGUUAUGGAUUAGGAUUCCUCCCGAUCUAUUUCAUCAUUACAAGAAUUCGAAUCAGCUAUUAAAG